CAGAGCCAGCAAGAGCUGCCCCCAUAGUCUCACAGAACGUGUCACUGGACCAGAGAGCUAAGUCACAGCGUGAUAAGGAAUCGCCGAGUAUGACACCAGAAAGGACCAACAAGCAGAUGUUAACACUACCUUGAUGAAUACAAGAGGGAUGUAACAAUACUUGUAAAUAAGAUCUUCAAGAGAUAAUUUCUACUAUAAUAUUUGGCAAAGUACAAGUGAUGUGCGGACAAUACUUACGAGAAGAAAGCGCCGAGUAGCAGAUUUCCUACGUCACUUGCAAAACCAAGCUUCACAGCAGGCUGGUCAAGUGACAGGACAAUAGGAAACUAGUGAGAGCCACGUGGUGGACGCUGCAAGAUCAGAAGCUUUCAUCCCAUAUUGUUAUACACGUUACCCCGUCACACUCGAUGUCGGCAUAUCAGUGACAAGGGACACACGUGGCGCAUCAGGUUUCGGACCAGCUGAAAAUGGUGCUGCAGGUCAGCGCAGACCGGGAGGAGGAUCCUCACAGCAGGUCCCCAAGAUGUACCCUGCUGAGUUCUUGUUCUCACCGGCUAGUUACUAAAGACGGACAUAGCACCAUAAAAGCUGUCGGAAUCCAGGGGCAGGGGCUGUCUUACCUGCGUGACAUAUGGGGGUUGUUACUUGACAUGCGCUGGCGUUGGAUGAUGUUGGCUUUUUCGGCUUCUUUCCUGGCCCAUUGGCUCCUGUUUGCAGUCUUUUGGUACCUUCUGGCUGAGAUGAAUGGGGAUUUGGCACUGGACCAUGAUGCCCCACCAGAGAAUCACACCAUCUGUGUCAAGUACAUCACUAGCUUCACCGCUGCAUUUUCAUUCUCUUUGGAGACCCAGCUUACCAUUGGAUAUGGCACCAUGUUCCCGAGUGGGGACUGUCCAAGCGCUAUUGCUCUUCUUGCUGUGCAGAUGCUGCUUGGACUCAUGCUGGAGGCUUUUAUUACAGGUGUUUUUGUAGCCAAAAUAGCAAGACCAAAGAACCGCACUCCAUCCAUCCUCUUCUCCAGGUUGGCUGUGGUAGGCAGUCCCGAAGGAAAGCCAUGUUUAAUGUUCCAAGUGGCCAACACACGUCCAAGCCCCUUAACCAUGGUGAGAGUCAGCGGAAUCCUUUACCAAGAGAGAGGUGAUGGGCAAAUCCAACAAAUCAGUGUGGACUUUUCACUGGAUAGUCAAACUGGCAGCGUGGAGUGCCCUUUCUUUUCUUUUCCACUGACUUACACCCACAGUCUGUCUCCUGGAAGUCCCCUGGCAGCCUUAUUGCAGCGUGAGACUAUAUCUUCUUCAGCACACUUGGAGCUUGUGGUCUGUUUAUCUGCUACUCAGGAAAGCUCAGGGGAAAUCUGCCAGAGUCGCACUUCAUAUCUACCAAGCGAGAUCCUCCAAGGGCAUCGCUUUGCACCAUGCCUGACACGCCGGCCCGAAGGAGGAUACCGCAUCUGCAUGGAAUCUUUUGGCCGUCCACUCCCUGAGUUACCACAAGCUUCACACAGACAACCCUACAGGACUGAGCUGGAGGUCUGCGCUAAUGGGCAAAGGGGGGACACCUUUCAAAUCUGUGAGACUGGACUGGGGGAAUAACAGACUGUACAGAUUACAUUACAUAGCCCCCAUCCAGCCAUCCUCAUUCUGAUAUCCAUGCUGACGCUUCUCUAAAGGAAAUUCCCACGGGAAAUGAGGGCGGUAUUAACAAGGCUCCAAAGACUGAUACCUUACUGAAGAACAUCAGGCACUGGUUAACCCCACUGAUACUAUAGGGGUCUGUGGGACUAUGCCUACAUGUUAAUGUAUAACUGCAAUAAAGAAUCGCUCAGGGGAGUGAGAUCACUCCAAGACAGUAGUAGAGACAACAGUUGUGUGCAGUGGACCAGCACAUACAUAUAUGUACUGCAAGAGAGUGUAUUCAGGUGCUUAAAGUGCAAAUGAUAUGUGGGAAGUCAUCUCUUCUUGUGCUAUACAAGAGUUUGUUUGAUCAGAUUAUCCUUUACAAUGUGGAGUGCACUAUAUUUAGAAAGACAAGAAAGCAGACGCACUCACACAACACAAAUGUGCAAGGAGGUACACAACCACCAAACGCAGGCAUUUUUAUAUGCUAAAAACAUAUGCAUGCUUCCUUGAGACCCAUGUAAGAGUUAUGUAGACAUUUGUAUAUCAUAGAGACAGGUGUAUAAUACACACUUGCAGGUGAAGAAUAUGCAAAAGUACAUGCAUACCCGCUUUGCCUCCUCAAUAAGUCUGCUCUUAGUGGAAUCGCUGUACUAACCCAUACCAGUUCCUAGCUGGCAGAUUACCAGGCGAGAGCAGAGAGAGAUGCUCCGUACCAGAGCAGGAAGGGACUGCACAGAGGCUGGCCCUGCAACUCCCACUUACUAUUCUUGUGACAAUAAACAUGACUAAAUGGUGUGCUUCCAGUUAGUUCCCUGCUGCUGAUUAAUGUGUCUGUACGUGGAGUGGUGCCUAUUACAGGACCAGCAUAUGCCUUUGUUACACAGCUAUGAUACAGAUAGUUGUAUAUUCAAUUUUUAUACAAUAAAAUACAGAUGUAUAAUACAUAAAAUAAAAGUGGUAAAGU